GCAACAUUGAAUUUUGAAUUCUCCUCAGCAUCACCCCCAUUUUUAUCCCUUUUCUUCGAGAUUUUUGAGUUUUUGGGCUUUAAUCUUGCACCUUUUGGAUUAGAAACCCUUGGAUCCAUGAAAAUGGAUCCUGGGUGUUUCAGUUUUGUUUUUUCCUUGAGAUCAUUUUUCACUAUGCUCAGGAAAAAAAUCAAGCAGCGUAGAGUGAGACAAACGCGGCCCAACUACCGAGUCUCCAAGAUGCUAGCCAUCCACAAACUCAAUCGGAGAGGCAGAAGCAUCCUUCUGGGCAACAUGAAUAUUGUCCAGACAGGAGCCAGGGCCAGCAAGAGGAAGACCAGGAGAGCACAUCGUGUGGCCUCUGGUUUCAAACAGAGGAGGAAGGACUUAAGCAGAAGAACUGAGGCCCAGAAGAAACUGGACAUUCUUCUUCGGGAUAGGAAGGGCAAGAAAGUCUUGCAGAGCAAGCCAGUUGGUGCCACUUCAGACCAAGAUGGGAAAGCCAACCCCAUUGUAGCAGGCAUCAAACCUGUGACUGCCCGUUCUCUGGCCUGCUGUCCCCUGAGGGGGAAAAAGGCUGCGAGUGAGCAGUGGCAGGAUGAAGCCCUGGGAGGACUCCCUGUGGUCAGUGAUCCGAGUCAACCAGCUGCCUUGGCAUUUGGAUUCUCUCGUUGGAGUCUGAGAGGCCUCAGGAGGAGGCCAGCAGAAGAGAUCCUCCUGGCCCAGCCAUCCCAACCCACUGGAGACUACACCACCACCAACACAGAUAUGAGUGUCAAUAUCAAUGGUGGAGUUGGAGGCCUCCUGCCAGAGACAAUUUAUUGGCCAGCAGAGCAGAACCAGCCAUGCCAACCAGCUGGAUACUACCCCACCAUCUAUGAUCUGAUGACCUGCUCCAAUGGCCCGCCCCAGCCCAUCCUGGCCCAGGAAUCCCAACCCACUGAUAGUGGAGACCAGGGGACCCCACCUGCCAAACGUGCCGUGGGCUUUUCUCGUACCAACCGAAUAAGCCUCAUGAGGAGGAGUCCGGCAGACAAGAUCCUCCUGGCCUGCCUCAAGGACCCCAGCGUUAUUACGAUGGAGAUGCUGUUUACCUGCCCAACUAGAUGGCACACACUGGUCACUUAUGAAAAUGGAACUUUAACCACCAAAAGGCACAACUAAUAUAACCACCAAUAACUUCACUUAGAUUUGGUCAUUAAACAGAGGAUGGGGGAUUAGGGGGCAGGGCUUUCACUUAGUAACACAUAGUAAUUGGCAUCAUUUAGGAGGGUCAUAUGAUUUUGAUAGGUAUUUGAAUAAUUCAAUAAUUUUAUGACACAUACACAUAGUAAAUCCACAAUAUUACAUAUAAAAAGAACAAAAACAUAUAAUUACAUUUUAAAACACAAUAAAUACAUGUUUAAAGCAUAUCUUAAUAAAAUAUACCUACAGUACAUACACAUAUAGGCUACAUUAUUAUUAUUGCACAUCAUAA